CAACUUGCACGGUUUGCCGUAUAGUGAGUGAGGCAGCGCAGCCCUGCAGUGUAUGCAGGACAUUGUCUUCUCAGUGCGGCUGUAUUGGGAGAUCUCUGCGGCAUAAGCAGCCAGGCUUGCUCUCUGCAACACUCCUGUGUUGAACAUUUCCCUUCAUUUAUUCUGCUGGCUGGCACUGAGCGUGUGCACUCUGCGGCUGCUGGCGUCAUACUGUCAAUGUGGAUAGUGGUUUAUUUACUGUGCAUCAUCUGACUGGAGAAGACAUCCGACUGGCACCAUGAGCAGCACUGUGUUUCAGCAGCAGGCUGUCCAUAGCCCCCUGGAGCUGCAGAAGCAGAAACAAAAGCAAGGAGGAGGAGGACCUAUCCCCUGUCAGAAUUGUGGUAAACCAUGCAAAGGGGAGGCACUCCGGGUCCAGAACAAACACUUCCACAUCAAGUGCUUCGCCUGUAAAGUAUGUGGUUGUGAAUUGGCCCAAGGAGGCUUCUUCGUGCGCCAGGGUGAAUACAUCUGUACUCUGGACUACCAGCGACUGUACGGGACUCGCUGCUUCAGCUGCCAGGACUUCAUUGAGGGGGAGGUGGUGUCUGCCCUGGGAAAGACCUACCACCCCCGCUGCUUCGUCUGUGCCUCCUGCAAACAGCCGUUCCCGGCCGGCGACCGAGUGACAUUUAAUGGGAAGGAGUGUAUCUGCCAAAAGUGUACACAACCUCUCCCUGCCAACAGCCCUGCACCUAUACAGGCUGUCCACAACUGCUGCGGCUGUGGGAAGGAGUUUAAGAAUGAACAGUCUCUUGUAGCACUGGAAAAGCACUGGCACCUGGGCUGCUUCAAAUGUAAAGUCUGCAACAAGGUGCUAAAUGCAGAGUAUAUUAGCAAGGAUGGAAUCCCCUUCUGUGAGAUGGACUACCACGCCAUGUUUGGCAUCCAGUGUGAGAGCUGCAAGAAGUACAUCACUGGAAAAGUCCUGGAGGCUGGAGAGAAGCACUACCACCCCACAUGUGCCCGCUGUGCCCGAUGUGAACAGAUGUUUGCAGAGGGAGAAGAAAUGUACCUGCAAGGAUCUUCUAUCUGGCAUCCUCCAUGCAGACAAGCAGCCAAGCAGGAGGAGAAGAAUAAGAAGCAGGUCCGGAUACAGCUCAAUGAGGUCCCUGAGCAACAGGUGACCCGGACUUCAUCUGAGAGCAUUACAUCAGUCCCAGCAUCCAGCGCCUCAGGCUCUCCCAGCAGAGUCAUCUAUGCCAAACUAGGUGAGGAGAUGCUGGACUACAAGGACCUAGCAGCCCUUCCAAAGACCAAGGCAAUCUAUAACAUAGACAGGCCUGACAUGCUGUCCUAUUCUCCAUACGUCAGCUACCCAUCUGAGGAGAGGCACUAUGGAGAGGGCGAUGGGGAGAAGUCGCCCCGUCAGCGGAGGCCCUCUAGUCCCAGCUCUAACAGCUCCCUGGGGGGUUACGGACGUUACACCCCGUGCCGUUCCCCGCAGAAUUACAGCCGACCAGGGCAAGAGGCAUACAGCAGCCAGGCCCGUGACUCCAGUUCUCUCCCUUUGCCUCCAACCCUCAUGGGUGCUAUUAAGUACCCCUCCAACUGGGCCAGGGACUCAUCUUCCCACCCAGUGUACUAUUCUGCUGGGGCUGAAGUGAGGGGUGGUGGUGGUAGUGGCAAGUACUCGCCCACACCAGUAGGUGGCAGUGCAGGCUUGUCUUUUCACCUAAACCCCACCACCCUAGCCAUGCUGCAGCAGCACAACUACAUCCCUUACUUCAGAGGUAGUGAAAGUGGUCGGAGUACCCCCAGUUUAUCCACCUAUUCUGAUGGAAAAUCCCCUUCCUCUACAUCUACAUACGUGGCUGCACCCCGGCAUUUCCACGUACCAGAGACUCUGGUCAAAGAUAAUAUCUAUAGAAAACCCCCUAUCUACAAACAGCAUGCUUCUAGAACAUCCUGGCAAGAUGGGGAUGAUAGUAAGAGGACAAGUUGGAUGAUCUUGAAGAGUGAGAUUGAUGGACAGAUGGGUCCAGAAGACCUGGACCCCUGCAAAUCGACCUCCAGUCUGCCCACUGAUACCUCCCAGCCUAAUUUCCCCUAUAAUAAGUCUGCAUCCUUACCGGGCUAUGGAAGAAAUGGUAUCUACAAGGCUGCUGAGAUGGUGGAGGAUGAAGUGGACCCAGACUCCCAAAGCUGGGGAGGCAUGAGAGAAUACAAGAUCUACCCUUAUGAAAUUCUGGCAGUGACGCAUAGAGUGAAAGUGAAGCUUCCCAGAGAAGUAGAUCGUACCAGACUGGAGAGACACCUAUCUCCUGAGGACUUCCAACAUGUUUUCUGCAUGACCCUGGAGCAGUUUGACCGCCUGGCCCUCUGGAAGAAGAAUGAUCUGAAGAAGAAGGCACGCCUUUUUUAGAUGAAAAAAUAAAAGCCUAUCAUCAAGCCACCCAUGCUACCCCUACUUUCCACCUGAAAAACGCCAUGCCUGUGAUGGCGCUUCGUGUGGCAACAUUUUCACGAUGUUAAGGCAGCAUCUAAAGCUUUUUGUAUGCAAUGUGGUUCGAAUGUUUGACAACCUUACAGAGGAGCUGCGUUUGCAUGGCCUGUAUUGAUGCUCCUCGCCUUCCAUGUGGUUUCUCUAUCCUCCCCCACACAUCUCAAUGCUUCUAUACACCCUGGCAAAAUAAUGACUUACUAUUGAAAAACUAAUUCUUGUGCAGGACUUCCCCCAGGUUUCUCUGGUUCUGAUUAUUUUAUGUGUGCCUUCUUCUACUCUGUCAAUCUGGACUUAUCUCACCUUACUUUUUUAUAUCUCAAGUUUUUCAUCAGUAACUACUUUGUUUUCAUCAUCUUUCUCUACAUAUCAUCUGUUUGCUACUCUGCCUUUUCUCUCUUGCUGUCUCUUUAUCAUUUUAAGUUUUUUCCCUGCACUGAGUGACCAUUACAUUGUCAAGUCAGUUCAAUUUUACACCCCCGUCGUUACUUUAAGACAGUGAGGAGAAUGCAGAUUUGUACACACUCACUGUUCAAGCAUGUCAAGUCCAAAGACGGGGAUAAGAAACUACUCCAGCUUCUGUGAUCCCUUUUUUUUUUGUCAAAAACCACCCACUGUUGUUUUCAAUUUCCUGGCAGGGUAGUUUUGAUAUGCGGUCCCAUAUCUUACACAAGCAUCCCGUAAAUCAGCACAGAUAGGAGAGCCGAGGCUGGAUAGGGGCCAAAACAUGGCAGUGAAUCACAGAUAGAGAAGGGGGGGCUGAAAAACGAGGAGGACAAAGGAGGGGCCCUGUAGAAAACAUACAGUACAGUUUCAGGGUGUGCAAAGGUGUCAACAAACAAAUAAAAAUAUUUUUAUAAGCUAUUUUUGACUUCUGGAAAGUAUCACCAAUCAUGAGACGUACCUGAGAGAAAUCAUGAUUUUGUUACCAGAAAAAAAAGCCCAUGCUGACUUUGUUAAUCUUCACAGACCUGCAGCAGCACUUACGCAUAACAAGUGGGGUCUUGCUUGAUUUAAAACUGAAUACUCUCGCUGUGUUAUGUCUUCUGGGAUAAAGAUUUAACUCUUUAUAUGUUUGUUGUUUGAAAGUAUUGUUGCAUACAGUAAAAGCUCCACAUUUAAGGUGAAGUCCAUCAGCUUUGCGUGAUGAUUUCUGGACCGUAAAUCAAUCAACUUGCUAAUUUACAUACUUUAAGAUGUAUCUGAACAUAUACUGGACAUAUACGAGCUAUAUUUGUAUGUGUACAAGCCAUGGUGUAUAACUCUGCAGGCAUGCAUGAGGGUGGGAGAAUGGGGUUUGUCCACUGACUGCAGAUUAGAGAUGUAUGAAAACAUUAUCAUGUGCUUUGAGUGAUUGAUUAUUUUCUGGUUAAAUUGCAUUAAAUUAAAUGCCUGGGACAGCUGCUUACAUUAGCCUGUGUUAUAUAUGUAUUUAAUUGCAUUAAGGAAGGGAUUUUAUUUUUAAAUCUUAAGGGUGUAGUGUUGAAUGAUUAGCAUCACAGAGAAGAGAGGUUUGGAAGAGAAACCUAUCAAAUUAUUAGUUUAAUUUGAGUGUCAAAUCAAUUUUGCUCCUGUAAGUAACACACUAACUGUUGUCAUAAAGCGUUGUGUCCUCUUUAUAAUAUUCAUCUGCUAUUAAAGUGCUUUAUCCAAACUACAGAGUCCCUAUGGGUUGGAGUGUUUGAGUUACAUGAAUGGCAAAAAUCUAUUAGUUAUGGGAUGACAAUACCUUCAGGUGUGUAAUGUAUAGGUGUCUGGAUGUUUUUUAAGAUGGAGAAUUGAGUUGAGUGUAAGGCAUCUAACUCUAUCAUGGUGUUCCAAUAGUGAAAGAUGAGAAAGUUUAUCUUAAGCUAGAGAGGGACAUUGAAGAAAAUAAGAUGAAUAGAAACAUUGUGGCUGGGCGGUUUAGUGUCAGCAAUACAGCAAUAGAAAAUUCAGCAUUAGACAGUGGCAUAAAGCACAGGUUCCAGCAAUGUGCACACUGCGGCAGAAAGUGUCCUAUUUCUGACUUUUCUGACUUAUAAUCAGGGUGGAAAGUGCAACUCAGUUUUCCUGUAAAAUUAGGAAUUAUUAGCAACACUACAAGUGUGCCCUACUUGCCAUUUAACCUCUAAAUAAAGGAAGAACUAAUCUGGCCAAACCACUGGCUUAUUUGCAAUUUAUAUGAUUGUCUGACCUUAGACCUACUUUAAGCAAUGUAGUCAUGCUUUCAGAUGUCAGCAAUUGCUUUGGUGAGCACAAUGUUAUUUACAACUGAUGGAAACAAUGGUGAGGACAACAAAAUAAAACCCAAGAAGUAUUACACUGUAUGUUUACAUUUAGAGUUACAACCAUUAUUUGAGCUUUUUCAAACAUGUUUAAAUUUGUCAGCAGAGAAUGCUAAAGUCGUGUUUUGUAAAGACAGAUGUUCCCCACAACUCACUUAAAAGUCAACCAACCAUGGAUUAGAUGGUAUUCAUCAGGCAGGAUCUCAGACUAUCCUGGUCUGACUUUGAUGAAACUUGGAGUGAUGAUGCAUCCUACAACUUUAGGAUUACACUGAUUAACCUAAUGGUGGUGUUACAUGGCUCCAAAUGCUUCCAAUUGUGAUGAAACUACAAUAGAUCUUUCUCAUUUGCAGUUUACAUCUGAAAAAUAUGAAAUAUAUGAUUUGUUCAAUAUGGGCUAAUAAGAGCAGUAUUUUCAAAUGUAGCCAUUCAAAAUGAUGCUACAUCAAAAUAGGGAGUGGAGGAAAACCCACCCAGACUGGAUUACACAAGCAGAGAGACCUUUUAUGUCUUUAAACAAACAGGCCUAGGGAAAACCACCCUGUAGGCAUUUCUCAGAGCCUGUGUUGUACGAUUCACAUUUAGAAAAAGAAAUGAUCCUCAUCGUUUGUAUUUUGUCUUUUCUCCAUUUGAACAGCAAAGAGUUAUGUUCAACCAUUCUGAAUAUAGUCCAGAGUGCAUGAAAUAUUAACAUAUGUAAAUGUAUAUCUAAAGAAUGAAUGUCCUGUGUCAUAUUAAUGAAAGUUGUGUUUUUUUCUUUGGUUUAUCUUGAAAUUUGGAUUUUUGUAAUUAUUUGGCAUUCAUUAUCAACAAAAACAAAUUGCAGUGUCUGAUCAGAGGUCAAAUAGAGUAUGGUUUGUUAUGGUUGAAUCUCUUUGUCUGAUUUGUUUCCAAAUUGGCUUUGAUUUGAAAAUAAUUAUCUGAUGUCCAUCUUGCAAUAAAUGUUAAAUUCAGUA